AUGACGCAGUCCAGCAGUCAGGGUCCCAUUGAACGCUCGAACAAGCCGGCACUUCAUUUUGUAUCUGACCGUCGUCUAUUCGCAGAAGUCGGCAUGAAAGACAUUGAGAGCAUGCGAGUACUAAUCGCAAUGUUGCUUUACUGUAUCUUCAUUUUUUCGCCAGUGCAUUCUGGUGAUUUUUGGGAAAUCAAAGAGAGGAAACUUCUUAUUAAGGAAAAACCGAUCAGAAAGAUUCUACUGGGAUUCAAGGAUUACUGCGCGAAGUACAGAAAGAAGGUUUCAGAGAAUCUGACUUACGAUUCCACCGAGGAAGCAAAGAACUGGCGGUAUGGAAGACUCAACUACUAUGUAGAUUAUGACGGCCGACGCUGGCUCAAUGGUACGCGCAUAUUCAAGCAGGAGUAUAGAAUUUGGAAUGAGACUUGGCACCUGCGAAAUAUUACACUACGUGAAACAGCAUAUUACAUUGCCAAACAGAUGGCAGCUUAUGGCGAUGUUUGUGAGGUAAGGCGAAUCGAGAACGGCCCCACGGCGAAUAACUGA